AUGAAUUGAAGAAAGAAUUUAUAAGGAAAGGCAGCGAAAUCUAGAAUGGGCGUUCAGAAACGUGAAGAGAUAGAGUUUGGGAUGAAAAUGGCACCGCUUCAUGCAUCCAAAUACGUGUCACCAUCCAUACAUGCAGCAGUGCCACCAACCCUCCUAUCCUAUUUACACUUGCAUAUAUCAUCAUCAUCAUCAUCAUCAACCUUCAUUUUCAUUUCCGAUCAUUCUCAUCUAUCUUUCGUUUUGGCCUAAAUCUGCAACCAUGCUCGAACUAAUCCACGCCUUUCUCAACCUCACUGCUCCACCAUUAACCUACUUCUCCCUCAUGCUUUUCCUCCCACCUUUCCAAAUCUUCAAGUUCUUCCUCUCCAUCUUCGGCACCCUUUUCAGCGAGGAUGUCUACGGCAAGGUCGUCCUCAUCACCGGCGCCUCCUCCGGCAUCGGCGAAAGUCUUGCAUACGAGUACGCUAAAAGAGGGGCGUGCUUAGUUCUUGCGGCCAGAAGAGAGAGAAGCCUCCAAGAAGUGGCCGACACGGCGCGCUAUCUCGGAUCACCCGAUGUCCUUGUCAUACGCGCCGAUGUAUCCAAGGUCGACGACUGCAGGAGGAUCGUCGAUCAAACCAUGAAUCAUUUUGGAAGACUGGAUCAUCUGGUUAAUAACGCUGGAGUUACAUCAGUUGCGCUACUGGAAGAAGUCGACGAUGUUACUGAUUUCAGAGCUAUUAUGGAUGUAAACUUCUGGGGCUCUGUAUACAUGACUCGAUUUGCCGCCCCCUACCUGAGGCACAGCAGAGGCCGAGUCGUCGUGCUUUCCUCUUCUGCGUCGUGGCUGCCUGCGCCCAGGCUGAGUUUUUACAAUGCGAGCAAAGCCGCAAUGGCACAAUUCUUCGAGACGCUGCGGGUGGAAUUCGGGGCGGACAUAGGAAUAACCCUGGUUACGCCCGGAUUCAUAGAAUCCGAACUCACUCAAGGAAAAUUCUUGACAAAGGGUGGUAGGCUUGAAGUCGAUCAGGACAUGAGAGAUGUGCAAGUGAGCAUGAUCCCAAUCGAGAGGGCGGAGAGCUGCGCGAAGGCGAUCGUGAGGAGCGCGGUGAGGGGGGAGAGAUACCUGACUGAGCCGAGAUGGUUCAGGAUGACUUACCUGUGGAAGAUAUUCUGCCCGGAGGUGUUGGAGUGGAUGUACAGAAUGCUGUACAUCACGAGCCCGGGGGAUUCGAGCUCGGAGGCGCUCAGCAAGAAGCUCGUCGACUACACCGGAGCUAAGACUCUGCUCUACCCGGACUCCGUUCAUGUAGCCCAACCUAAGAGAGAUUGAUUUCUUGUACGCUUUUCAAUAAUAUUUGGAUCAUGUGUCUUUAAUUUUGAUUGUAUCUGUUAUGGGAGAUUUGUGGACUGUGUAUGUGUUGUUAAAUAGCCUCAUUGCUGUGUGUGUAUACGGCUAUGCUAAACAUUUAAAAUCAAGUGAGAGUCAAUCUUAAUUGCGGCGACAA